AUGUUCAAGGAGGGGACCUCGACGGGUCCCAGUAUGCUCUCCAGAACCUCCAGCGUAGGGGUACAUGCUCUCCAUCUGGCCUCUGCACCACAGCCAGAGCAUCGGCAGCAUCCCUACGGCGGCCCAACCACGAGGACUACAGAGUUCAACCUCGCCUGCCAAUACACCCGCAAGAGGAAAAAGCGUACAAUGACCCGACGGAAAGACUUUGCCCAACGAGCAACCACACAAGCAGCGGCGGAAGCAGCAAAUGGCGGACCAAAAUCACCAGGCCAGCUUGAUGACAGCGGGUCACCUCUAGAGCAGCGAACAAACAACCCAUCUUCCGCCAAAUCGGAGCAAGAUCAACACGCAACUUAUAUAUCUUUAACGGAUGACGCCGUAGGCCGAAGUCAAAUGACGGGGAGCAUGAACAACUUGGCCGAGUUGAGCUCUCACCAUGCUUACAUGCCGAGUCAUCCAGGGGCCUUGGAAAGGGACCGUCUGGACAUUCCUACCUCGUUAGGUCUCAAUGGGUAUGGAAACGUCCAAAACCCCUUUGAUAGGCAAGUCAUGGGUCAUAUGAUGAGUGGCGCCAUACACGCGACAUUUAAUUCUAGUCAAGGGCUGUCCAUGCACUACGUGCGGCCCGAUGGCCAGAACAAGGGUUUGCCAACCGACACCCAGCCUAACGAGGCAUCAGGGCCACGCCCAGGCGGUGCGCACUUCGUUCCUAAUGCCCACAAUUCGCAGACGGUCGGGCCGUGGCUUGAUCCUCGGAUGUUCAUGACAGAGAAUGGGGGUCCACCUACUACGCCAACUAGCCCCCUCACACAUCUCAGCCAGUACCAUUCGCCAAGCAAUCGCAAGAAUAGCAGAAGCCGGUCCACUUUGCAGGAUAGACAUAAUGAUCCACUCUUGCAGGCCGAUUCCGACAGCGACAUGCCUAUAGAUCCUGCUAUUGCGGCACUCACUUCUACCAUCUUCCGGAACGGCCAGUAA